AUGGAUUCCAGAGAUAAAAGCAUAGACCAAUCAACUUCGGAGGCCACGGACCCAAACACUUCUUUGGGCACUGUGGAUCAGGAACUCGAAGCGGUCUCGAGUCCAACGACUCCUGCAAAGGUCGAGUCCUCCGCUUCUUUGUUGGAGGACCCCCAGAUUGCCAAGAUAUUGCAAUCCGACUCAGCUAUGGAUAUCCUUUUAGAUCGUCUCAAGCGAAGUAUCACAACAUGUGAUGAGUUCAGUCGUUAUAUCAAAAAGAAAUCAAUAUUGGAAGACGAUCAUUACACGCAGUUGAGAAAAAUCUCUAAACAUACCCAAGAUACUUUAAAGAACGACGGAAAGAAGUUCAAGACCGAUUCAUUUGAACGCAGUUUUGAGAAAAUUGUUAGUUUUGAUAGCGAGUUGUUCAACGUUGGAUCACCCUAUGUUAAGGCGUUGACGUUGAUGUACGAGCAACUGGGAUCACUAGCUUCGACUGUAUCGAAAUCUCGUAAAUCUGUUAAAGAAGAAUAUCGCCGCAAGGAGAGAGAAUGUGGAGACGCCAUUGCUGCUGCAGAAAAGUCAAAAAACAAGUAUUUCAACUUUUGUAACGAAUUGGAGAAGCUUCGCACGGGUGAUCCAUCAAAGAAGACCUUCACACUAAAAGGAUCUAAGACGGGGACACAACAGGAGGAAGAACUUUCCCGUAAGAUUGAGAUUGCGGAUCAGGAUUACAGAGCAAAAGUCCAUCAGUGCAAAAAAUUGAAAGACGAAUUAUUGAUGGUUCACAGACCUGCUCAGGUCAAAGCUCUGAAAGGUCUUAUUUUGGAGAUUGACACCGCAAUGUCAUUGCAAUUACAGAAAUACACAACAUGGAACGAAACGCUUGUGAUGAGGUCUGGUAUAUUGAUAUCCCCUUUGCACGAGGAUUCUAAUAAGCCUUCAAUCAAGAAAAUUGCUGCUAGUGUUGAUAAUGAGAAAGACUUGUACGAAUUUUUGACCAAACAGGGUACUACUUCUCUUAAUAGAUGGCUGACCCCAGUGGAAUACAAAGUGCAUCCUUUAUUGGGGAAUAAUCUUAGGAAAGACUCCCAAAGGAGAAACAUUACGCCUACAUCUGGAGCUGUGGCAGGCGCUGCUGUUGGCGCAGGUGUUGGAGCGGCAUCUAGUUCACCAUUGUCACCUCUUCCUGCAAGUACUUCUUAUUCCCCCACACUGGACCCCAAGGUUGUUGGAAGUAGAUUAUCGGGGCCGAGAGAGCUACAAGUAUCAGAGACAGCCUCAACAGUCUCCGUGCCUCCAGGAGUGAAGCAAAAUCUUGCUACUUUCGGGGUACCGAUCGAUGUGCUGGUCGAUAAUGACACUGGAUCGGUGCCUGCAAUUGUGCGACAAUGUAUUCAGGUGAUUGAAAAGUAUGGACUAGAUUUGGAAGGUAUUUACAGAGUGAGUGCGAGCGUGACCAAAGUUAAAGAGCUAAGAGAACUAAUUGAUAGGGAUCCUGCUAAUAUUGCUCUGAUUGGUCCAUCUAGCCCUGAUCACGUAUUGGAUGAUGACAUAUACGUGGCUGCCACCAUCUUAAAGCUGUUCUUCAAGUCGCUUCCAGAACCGCUUCUCACGAAUGCCUUAUACCAGGAUUUCUUGGACGCAGUAAAGGAUGAUUCUGGCAGCACCAAAAUAUCAACGAGAUUACAUCAGAUAGCUUAUGAAUUACCCGACGGUCCCUACUGGACGCUUCGCUCACUUUUGUUCCAUCUUAACAAAAUAGCCGCACACCAAGAUGUCAACCGUAUGACGAUACGGUCUUUGAGUAUUGUCUGGGGAGAAGUACUGCUGUACUCUGAGGUCGCCAACACAGAAGAUAUGAGCUACAAGGCCAAAGUGGUUGAGGAACUCCUCAAGGCCGCUAAUCUGAUUUACGAAGCUGAACCGUAG